AAGCGGAAAUGCGGUCAGUGCACCGGAGUCGUUGGCGGGAGUUUUAGCAGAGGCAGCAGAGUCGGGAGUCUGUGGAUCAGUGAGAGUGGAAGAUGCAAGCAUUUUUAAAAGGACCUGGAGUAAUCAGCUCGAAACCAGCGAAAGACAAAGCUGCAGCAGGAACCAGUGGAGAGAACAAAAAGCAAAAACCAGUUCCAUGGGUGGAGAAAUACCGUCCAAAAUGUGUAUCUGAAGUGGCAUUUCAAGAAGAAGUUGUGGCUGUGCUAAAGAAGUCACUUGAAGGAGCUGAUCUUCCGAAUUUGCUUUUUUAUGGACCCCCUGGCACAGGAAAAACUUCCACAAUACUCGCUGCAGCGAGGGAACUUUUCGGACCAGAGUUGUACCGGAAGAGAAUUCUUGAACUAAAUGCCUCUGAUGAACGUGGUAUCCAGGUUAUUCGAGAAAAGGUGAAAAACUUUGCACAAUUGACUGUAGCUGGCUCUCGCCCAGAUGGAAAACCUGCUCCACCGUUUAAAAUCAUCAUCUUAGAUGAAGCAGAUUCCAUGACGAGUGCUGCACAAGCUGCUCUUCGCCGAACAAUGGAAAGAGAAUCAAAAACCACACGCUUCUGCCUAAUUUGCAACUAUAUCAGCAGGAUAAUUGAACCACUAACCUCUCGAUGUUCAAAGUUCCGUUUUAAACCUUUGACAGACAACAUACAGCAGAAGAGGUUGCUGGACAUCUGUGUGAAGGAGAACAUGCAAUGCAGUGAUGAAACAAUCGCUAUGCUUAUCGAUGUAUCUGAAGGAGACCUGAGAAAGGCAAUAACUUACCUGCAGUGUGCAACAAGACUCACAGGAGGGAAAGGCAUCACCGAACAAGUCAUCAUGGAAAUUGCUGGGGUUGUACCAUCAGAAAUAAUUGACAGUCUGUUAGCCGCUUGCCAUAGCAGCUCAUUUGAAAAACUGGAAACUGUAGUAAAAAACAUGAUUAAUGAAGGCUAUGCUGCAACACAGUUAAUCAACCAACUGCAUGAUGUCAUUAUUGAUAAAGAGGAUCUUAAUGAUCAACAGAAAUCAGCAAUCACACUAAAACUGGCAGAAGUUGAUAAAUGCUUAAUCGAUGGUGCUGAUGAGUACCUGCAGAUGAUCAGUCUUUCUGCAGUUAUUAUGCAACAGUUUACACACACCACUUAAUCAAAGCAGUUGAAGAAAAUAACUUCGUUCAAUUAUUUAGGCUCACAAAGACCUGAAAGGUCUAUGUACAGUCAAAAACCCUCAAGCUGUGUGGUGACUUUUUUACAGUGCUUUUAGAUCAGUGUUUGGUACAAAAUAAAGUGUUUCUAAAUAUG